AUCUCGUGGACCACACUCCUCGUUUGAAGCAUCGCAGACUGGGCGGAAUCUUCGUGAUGUUCUUUAUCCCGCAUAGCACAUCCGCCUUUUAUUGCCUAGUAAGAAGGGGGCAGCUUUUUGGAAUGAUGCAACACAAUUUUUUAUGUGGUCGAGACUCCGCAUGACAGGCUGCACUUUUCGAG